CAGUAUGGACCGAUCAUGACCGUAUGGAUCGGGCGCCGUCCAACGAUUGUUAUCAAUGACCCGGCCAUCGCGGUGGAGUUGAUGGAGAAGCGGAGCAACAUCUACUCGAGCAGACCGAGGAUGGUCAUCAUGGGCGAGUUGGGCACGAACAACGAUGGUAUCUUGACGAUGCCGUAUGGCGACAAAUGGCGAAAGCACCGGCGGUUGUUGCAUAUGGGUCUCAUGACCAAGGCUCUGCAGAACUACAAGCCCAUCCAGGAACUCGAGAGCAAACGCAUGGUCGCGGAUAUGAUUCGCAGGCCGGACAAGUACGAGAAGCAUCUUGAUCGGUAUUCUACCGGCGUGGUCGUGCUGGUGGACUAUGCCAAGAGGGUGGAUACUUCGGAAGAUCCACUCGUCAAGAAUGUCCUCACUGCUAUGCAACACGCAGCGAUGCUCAACGUGCCUGGCAAAUUCCUUGCCGAGACCUUCCCGAUUCUCGCCAGCGUGCCUGCCUUCCUUGCACCUUGGAAACGCCAGAUCCUUGAGCGCCGUGUUCAAGGUCGCGCUUUCUUUGGGGGCCUGGCUGACAGUGUCAAAUCUAAGAUGGAUAAAGGCGAGGCUCCGGAAUGUUUUACCAAGCACCUGUGGGAGAAGCGCUCCGAGUUCCCCAUGACGGACAUGGAGUUCUCCUUCCUCUCCUCGGCCCUGUUCGGUGCAGGAAGCGAUACGACCGCGAGCACCCUGUGCAGCUUCGUCCUAGCUUGCACUGCGUUCGGUCACGAAUGGAUUCCCAAGGCGCAGGAAGAACUCGACAGUGUUGUCGGCAGGGAUCGGACUCCGAACUUCGAGGACCAGAAGAAUCUGCCGUACAUCGACGCAGUCGUGAAAGAGACACUGCGGUGGAGGCCGGUCGCCGUCUUGGGUGGGACACCCCAUGCCAACACGCAAGACGAUUACUACGAGGGCUACCUCAUUCCAAAGGGCUCCACUAUUCUCGGUAACCUCUGGGGCAUUCACCUGAACGAGAAGUACUUCCCGGAUCCGCACCACUUCAAUCCUGACCGGUAUCUCGAUCCUGAGCGUCCCGACUACCCUCAUCCGGCCGGACACUCUGCGUUUGGUUGGGGCCGACGCGUUUGUCCAGGCGAAGGCCUUGCCCUCAACUCCCUUUUCAUGACGAUCGCGCGGCUUCUCUGGGGCUUUAAUUUCGCCAAGGCCAAGGACGCUCAGGGCAAGGAUAUCGAGGUCGAUAUUUUCGACUAUACAGAUGGCUUCAAUACUCGCCCCAGGCCAUUCCAGUGCUCCAUCACGCCAAGGGGUCCGGAGUUUGUCGAGAUCAUGCAGCGCGAAGCAGAGGAAGCAGAUAGGGAGCUCCGAGAGAAGUACAUCAACGAUGACGAGAUGUGAAGGAUAUACUCGGCAUGAGUCGGGAGGGACGAGGCCACAGAGGGACGAUGGAUGAGGUUGCGAUCGAUGAGACAGUUGUAGUUAAGCUUUUUCGAGUCAGAUCCUGUCUCAGCUUGCUCAGAGUCAUUACAUUAGUAGAUGUUGAAAUGUAUUAUUCCUCGUCUGAUUCCGCGCCGCGGUUCUCGUGUCGUGUGAUGAAGUCCUCAAAUCUGGACAGUCACCGCCAGCCUCCAAAGGCAUCUCUUUUGACCUGUGCCCUCACCGAAGGACGCAUUAAUUGUCUCUGAAACAGACCUUUCCUUGAGCUCAUACGGAGAAUGUCGUCACCGUCAGGGACAGGCUAUGGUCAUCCGCAGUUUUUGAUGGGCACUGGGUACGGUAGUGGGGCGGGAGGCGGUCAUGUGGAAUUUGGAAGGUCACAGCUCAGGACCACCAGACACAAUGGCCUAUGCGCCACAUCCCACACAGCUGCUCCCCAGGCCCGAACUCGCCACUGGCCCACACAUUCUGACUACAAUCCAACCUCCCCUAUCGAGCGUUCCGCUUCAAUACGACAUGGCCACCGGGCCGUUCAACCAGCAGCAAGCGGGGAUCAAACCUAUAGAAAGCAUACAGGUACAGCCU